AUGGUCGAGGGGCCGGCUAAGAGGAGUGCCUCCCCCCAAGCCAUUUCACCGCCCCCGCUGCGCCGCAAGGUCGACCCAACUGUCACCAAAAAAUCAGUUGCAAACUUUUUCACUCCGGCCUCGCAGAAGAAGCCCGAAUCGAUUACAUGGCGCGUUAUCGGGACGAGUGUUGUCAUCGGAAAGCAGACCUCCGAGAACCAAGUGCCCAGUUCCUCUGGGAAACGCCGUAUCGCUGGCUUUGAUCUGGAUUCAACUUUGAUCAAGACAAAAUCCGGUAAUGUGUUCCCAAAGUCAGCAACAGACUGGCAAUGGUGGAACGACAAGGUCCCAGGACGCCUGAAGGAGCUCAACUCCGAAGGCUACCAAGUCGUAAUCUUUUCAAACCAGAAGAAGAUCAGCGUCCAGAAAGACAUCAAGGGUGGUCGAAGUGAAUCGAAGAGUCUUUCCAACUUCAAAGAGAAGAUGACUGUCGUUUUGACGCAACUUGAUAUUCCAGUGAGCGUCUACGCAGCUACUACAGACCCUGAGUACCGGAAGCCUCGUCUCGGGAUGUGGCACGAGUUUUUGGAUGACUAUGACCUUGAUGUUGCAGGCGUUGAUUUGCCUGGCUCGAUCUUCGUAGGAGAUGCGGCUGGCCGGCCUGGUGAUCAUUCGGGUGUGGAUCGUGGAUUGGCCACAAACAUUGGUAUGCCCUUUAAAACGCCAGAGGAGUUCUUCCUGGGUGAAACGACGGAGCCAGCAACAAAGCUUUUUGACCCGAUGCUAUAUGUGAAGUCGGAAGAGGAGCCUGCCAAACCAUUUACCCGCAAGCACCCCGUGGAACUAGUCCUCUUCUGUGGGAGCCCCGGUGCUGGGAAAUCUACUUUCUACUGGACUCAUCUGGAACCUCUUGACUACGAACGAGUGAACCAAGAUAUGCUCAAAACGCGCCCCAAAUGCCUCAAGGUCGCUCGCGAGCACCUGGAAGCAAAGAAAUCGGUUGUAGUCGACAACACAAAUGCAGACCCCGAAACAAGAGCUCACUGGACCUCCCUAGCAAAAGAACUCAAAGUGCCCAUCCGCUGCGUCCAAUUCAUCUCAACACCAGACCUCUGCAAACACAACAACGCAGUCCGAGCAUCUAACAAAGAACUGAACCCCGAAUCGAGAACCUCUCUUCCAGGAAUUGCCUUUGGCGACUUCGCCCGCCGCUUCAAGGCACCCACGCUGGACGAGGGGUUCGACGAUAUCAUCCCUGUCGAGUUUCAGUUCCGCGGUAGUGACGAGGCCAAGGCUCUCUGGGGCCAGUACUGGAUUUGA